CCCUUUUACCAUCACGUUGGUGUCGGUGUCGCUCUAGAGACUCAGAGGACUCAGAGACACGCUGACCGAGACACUCGCAGGCACGCUGCUGCGGGUGCACCUCGGCAGACCUCGGUAGAGCCCGCUGUACAGCAUGGCCUUCGCCGCCACCUUCGCCACGCUGCUGGCGCUCUUCGCCCUCGUGCUGCAGCACGCCCAGGCCCAGAAGUGGAGGACCGACCUGGGGCCGUGCUACCGGGACUGCACCGAGGACCCCGAGCCGCGGCUCUGCUAUUACGUCUUCACCGAGGAGAUCUACUCCGUGCUGACGGGGGCUUGCGGCAACUGCUCGCGAGGCGUGGAGGAGGACUGCUUCCGCGAGCAGUGCGUGUUCGCUGACGGCGUCGAGAGGACGGUCUACACCGUCAACAGGCAGCUACCCGGCCCGGGGAUUCACGUGUGCCGCGGCGACGUGAUCCGCGUGGACCUGGCGGUGGAGCUGCCGGGCCACGCCGAGGCCAUCCACUGGCACGGCCUGCCGCAGGCCUGGUCGCCCUGGUUCGACGGCGUGUCGCACGUCACCCAGUGCCCCAUCAUCUUCGGCACCACCUUCCGAUACCAGUUCCUGGCCGAGCCGGCCGGCACCUACUUCUGGCACUCGCACUCGGGCGUGCACAAGGUGAACGGCAUCUCCGGCCCGCUCAUCAUCAAGGAGUACGAGCCGCCGCACGCCGAGCUGUACGACUACGACCUGCCCGAGCACGUCAUCUUCCUGCAGGACUGGAUGCACGUGGACGCCGAGUUCGUGCUGCCCGGGCUGGCCACCAGGCUCACCGGCCAGCCCUCCGACAGCCUGCUCAUCAACGGCCAGGGCACGGCCACGAGCGCGGUGAGCAACAGGACGACGCUCACCCCGAUGGCGAGGUUCGAGAUCCAGCCGGGCAAGCGCUACCGCUUCCGCAUCAUCAACGCCGGCUCCCUGAGCUGCCCGAUCCAGCUGCAGUUCGAGGGCCACAACAUGACCGUCAUCGCGUCCGACGGCUGGGACAUCAAGCCGCGGCGCGCCCAGUCGCUCAUCACCUUGUCGGGUGAGCGGUACGACGUGGUGAUCCACGCCCAGAGGAGGCCGACGGUCAGGGCCUUCUGGAUCUACGCCCGCACCGUGGGCUUCUGCCAGAACCGCGGCGGCACCGAGCAGCGCGCCGUGCUGGCCUACCAGAGCUCCGGCGUGGCCGCGCCCAGGACGCCGCCGACCGCGCCGCCGGGGAUCCGUCUCGGCCGCCAACUGCCCACGGGAACGGUGGUGAACACCCCCGGCGACUGCGAGUCCGAGUCCAACGUGUGCGCCGCGGAGCUGGAGGCGCUGGAGUGGGCGCCCUACUGCACCGACGUGCGCUACGGCUGCAGCCGCGCCGACCACCUCGUCUUCUUCAGGCUCGGCUUCGUGGUCGAGCCGCCAGAGACGCAGUUCAGUCGGGGCAACUACGACAGGUUCCUGGCGUUCGGCCCCGUGACCCUGACCGGCGUGCUCAACGACAUCGCGUACGUGGAGCCCUCCUCGCCCUUCCUCACGCAGCCCGGCCAGGCGGCGUUCUGCAGCGAGGGCUACAUCCCCAGGCACUGCAGGGGCAAGCAGAGCUGCUCAUGCUCGCACCUCGUCGAGGUGCCCUACGGCCAGGACAUCGACCUCAUCGUCGUGGACGAGACGGACCUGAAUCCCGGUGACAACACGACGACGUUGCUGGCCCACCCGAUGCACCUCCACGGCUAUUCCUCCUCGUUCAUGGGCAUGGGGACCCUGAGGGACGUGCUGGACGGCAAGGAGCGCGCCGCCAUGGUCCGGGACCUCUACGACCGCGAGCUGCUGCCCACCUUCGUGGCCUCCCCCGCCAUCAAGGACGCCAUGGCCCUGCCCGGCGGCGGCUGGAUCUGGAUCCGGUUCCACGCGGACAACAGAGGUGAUUGGUUCUUCCACUGCCACUUCCAAUACCACAUGAUCAGCGGCAUGGAGGCCGUGAUCCAAGUCGGGGAGAGCAGGUACCUGCCGCGGCCCCCCGCGGGCUUCCCCAGGUGUGGCAACUACAGGCCAUCGGACUACUAGGAUGUCACACGGUCCAAGGAGGAACAAAAUAAAUCAUCCAUUUCCACCA